UUUCCCUUCGCUUUCCGGACCGGGCCAAGGCUCAGUGGUGGGGAGGUGGCCUCAGGAGCCUGAGCCAUGGGGACCCGAGCCACCGGAGCUGCGGGCCCUGGGGCACCCCUGGGGUUGGCCCUGCAGCUGCUGCUGCUGCUGGGGCCCCGGCUGUCGGCCGGCGGCCCCGGGACUCCGCCGCUCUUCAACGUCAGUCUGGACGCGGCCCCGGAGCUACGCUGGCUGCCGAUGCUGCAGCACUACGACCCGGACUUCGUGCGCUCCGCCGUGGCGGAGGUCAUCAGCAACAGGGUUCCCCAGUGGGUCCUCGAGAUGAUCGGAGAGGUGGUGUCCAAGGUGGAGAGCAUCCUGCCCCAGCCCUUCACUGACGAGAUCCGUGGCAUAAGCAACUUCUUCAACGUCAGCCUGGCCGAGGGUAUCUUGGUCAACCUGGCCUAUGAGGCCUCCGCAUUCUGCACCAGUAUUGUGGCUCAAGACUCCCAAGGCCACAUUUACCAUGGCCGGAACCUGGACUACCCUUUUGGAAAUGCCUUGCGAAAGCUGACGGCGGACGUGCAGUUCCUAAAGAAUGGGCAGAUUGCCUUCACGGGGACCACUUUUGUUGGCUAUGUCGGACUGUGGACAGGUCAGAGUCCACACAAGUUUACAGUUUCUGGCGAUGAACGAGAUAGAGGCUGGUGGUGGGAGAAUGCCAUCGCCGCGAUCUCUCUGGGACACUCUCCGGUCAGCUGGCUUAUCCGCAAAACCCUGAGUGACUCAGAGAACUUUGAGGAGGCUGUUUACACUCUGGCCAAGAAGCCCCUCAUUGCUGAUGUUUACUACAUCGUUGGGGGUACCGCGCCCCGGGAGGGGGUAGUCAUCACCAGGAACAGAGGUGGCCCAGCGGACAUUUGGCCUCUUGACCCUUUGAAUGGAGCGUGGUUCCGGGUUGAGACAAAUUACGAUCAUUGGAAGCCUGUACCCAAGAGGGAUGAUCGAAGAACACCAGCCAUCAAAGCCCUAAAUGCCACAGGGCAAGCACACCUCAGCCUGGAGGCCCUUUUCCAGGUUUUAUCUGUGGUUCCUGUUUAUAACAACUACACCAUCUAUACGACAGUGAUGAGUGCUGCCCAGCCCGACAAGUACAUGACCAGGAUCCGCAACCCAAGCUAAAGGUAAUUACUUUCUAAGAGCUGCAUUUGAAAGACUAGAACAGAGAGAAAGCGUCGCACUGAUUUGUGAGGAUGUGGCUUCCUCCUCAUGCUGCUUUUCUCCCUGCGGCUGUGAGGGGAUCUCUCAGCGCCUGUCUGGAGCAGUGGGGAGUCGCCCCUUGUCUUGCAGCCUCCCCACUUCCUGGUCCCCGUGAUCUUCAUUAACAACCCGUCCUGGCAGGAACAACCCCAGUAACUGGUGUCAGAGGUCAGGGUGUAUCUGGCUGGUCUCAGUUUCCCGUGAUGCUGUGUUCCCACUUCCGCCUUUCUGCUGAAGAAGUGGGGGGGGGGGGGCAGCUGCCGUCACGUGGGGGCCUGGGGACAAGCCCAGGAAAAGUUUCUCCUCAGGCUGGGGUGCAGCUCAUGGCAGAGUUUGCCCAACAAGGCGAAGCCCUGAGUUCCAUCCAGAGCACCACAGAAUAAAGAAAUAAAUCAAAGUUUUCUCUGAAAAAUGGAGAACUGUAAUUUGAGUAGAAUUUGUUUAAAGGUAUGUUAGUCUUUCCUAUUUCCACAUAGUGACACUUUUACUUUUUAUAAACUUCUAGUGUGUUUUUUAAAAAUGUGGACAUUAUUUUAAAAAAAAAAACAAACCUACUUUCUUACUACUUUUGAAAAUGAUAUGAAACCAAAUAACUUCCUGUCAUUGUUUAUUGUUUGUUAAUAAAAUGUCAAAAGGUCUUGUCAGGAAGAAUAAAACUUGCAGGACAUGGA